AUGCCCCUCGAACGAUACAAAGAGAAGGAAGAAUUCGUAUGCAUCUAUAACGGUGGUGCCUACGCCGCACGUAUUCAAUCGGUCCACGAGAAGCCAGAUUCCGAAGGAUUCUACAUUGUACACUAUCAGGGUUGGGCGAAACGCUUCGAUGAGAAGAUUCGAUUUGAAGAGCAAGAAGACAGAAUGUUUCCGGGCACUUUGACAGACUAUCAUGCGAAAUUCGGCGUUCCAAAUGACCCGAAAUCCAAAAAAGCGCCAAAAAGAAAGAGUACUGUAGCCAGAUACGCAUCUUCUGACGACGAGUCGGCUCCUUCUGCUAAAACUACUAAAAAAUCCACAAAAAGGAAGAGAUUUCCAUAUCCAACAGUCUCCACGAACUUUGAACUGCCACCAGCACUCGCUACGAUGCUUGUCGAUGACUAUACGGCGAUUCGGAAAGGAUUCGUCAGUAAAAUUCCUGCCGAGCACUCUAUCGAUCGAAUUAUCACUGACUACAUCAAGACGCUGCCGGCCAAAAACGCGGAUCUAGAGAACAUUGACGAUGUGGUCAUCGAAUACGACAGUACAGACAUCCGUAUCACCAAUUUGGCAAUGAUUUGUACCGCUCGUGGUGUGGCCGACUAUUUCAAUGCCGUUUGUGGUUCCAGCGUUCAACUACUGUACCACCAAGAAAGACACCAACAUCUCGAGCUGAUCCGAAUGAAGGCGUUGGAAAUGAAUCUACCGGCGCACGCUGCCACGAAUACCGUAGUCGAUCGAGGAUUCAGACACUCGCAAGAGUAUGGAAUCAUUCAUCUAGUUCGUCUGUUGUCGAAACUUCCCGAAUUGUUGGCACACACCGAUUGGGAGCACAGAAUUUUGAGUCGUAUCAUGACUGGCAUCCGCGAUUUGGUUGGAUUUCUCGACAAGAAUCGGAGCCAUUAUCAUAAAGGCGCCGAAAUGUACGAAUCGUCGGCGAAAGCCAAAGUGGAGCUGUGUGAAAAGGAGGAAAAAUCCGAGAAAUUGGCGAAAAAGUCGAGAAAAUCGGCGAAGAAUGAGCAAUCCGCAGUGGAAAUUCGAUUCUAG